GCAAAAGUGAUUUCUGUUGACGAGCGCACUCUGACUAACUUAUCGUAGAAGAAUAUAAACUUACGUUUUGUCUUAAUCAGAGGUCAAAAACACCCAUAGUUCGGAAAAUGUUGCGACACGACAAAACGAGUCUAUACGCUCCUCAAAGCUCUGGAUAUUGUAGCAUACUAGCCUACUUGUCCGCUUCGCUGCUCGUGCAGAUGGUGUUGAAGCGGCUCUUCUCUUUGCAGUCUGACAACACUAAUGAUUCCGCCCAUUCGCUCUUGACAGCUCCGUCUUUCACCAACACGCUCUCAUUGCGCUCUUUUUGAAGGUCCUGCGCGAAACCCUCCCCUGGCGCUUAUGUGUGACAUGCAAAAUCUCUUGAAUAUAUUUUUCUUCACCUAAAAUCACCGCUGUUUUUAUCAAGCAAGUUUUCUGAGAGCUAAACGACACGCCCGCGUUUCUAUUUUUUUUUUACUCGAACGGACAAACUCUUCUGGUCAGCUUUUGGGGAUGGAGAUGCGUGGAGUUUUGGUUUAUGCCUUUUUAGCGGUUUUCAUCGAUUCAUGUCGGGGGACUUUAACGAACUGCGAUGAAGUGCGUAAAGUUUUUCAAAUGAAGCAAAUUGGACCUGUAAAAUCACUACCCGAAACACCGAGAACAGGUUCAGACCUCCAGGUUUGUUUAUCAAAGAAUGUAACAUGCUGCACCAAGAAGAUGGAGGAGCGUUACCAGGUGGCGGCACGAAGGGACAUCCAGAACCUUCUCCAGACAUCCAGCUCAAGUCUGAAGUUCCUCAUCUCACGGAAUGUGGCUGCUUUUCAAGAAACCGUGGACUCCCUGGUCCGUCAGGCAGAAAACCACACUCACACUGUCCUCCUCCACACGUACCGUGACCUGGCCAGUCAUGCGGCGGCUCCCGUCGGGGAGUUUUUCACGGACGUGGGGCUUUUCGUUUUGGGCUCCGAGCUCAGUCUGGAAGAAGCUUCACAGCGCUUUUUUGACGCCCUCUUCCCUCUUGUUUAUGAGCAACUGGUCGAGCCCGGUCUCUCGCGCUUGUCUCCACCGUAUGCCGAGUGCGUCCGUGCGGCCUGUCGGGAUCUGGCGCCGUACGGCGGAGCCCCGGGCCGCCUCGCCGCACACAUCUCCCGUGCCUCGUUGCCUGGCCGGGUGUUUCUGCAGGCGCUCCACUUGGGCAUCGAGGUCAUCAACACCACCGACCAUAUUCAGCUCAGCCGUGAAUGCAGACGUAGCCUGCUGAGGAUGAGCUACUGUCCACACUGCCAGGGUCUGACCAGCAGCAAGCCCUGCAUGGGCUACUGCCUCAACGUGGUCCGAGGGUGUCUCGCCAGCCUGGCUGAAGUGGACGCCCAUUGGAGGGAGUUUGUGCGAUCAUUAGAGAACCUCUCUACCCGCAUGCACGGGGAACAAGACCUGGAGCAAGUGCUUCUGGGAGUUCACGGGCUGGUGAGAGACGCAGUGGCCCAUGCACAGAGGAACGGACCCCGGCUUUCUGCUCAGGUGCACAAGGUGUGCGGUCACCCCAGCAGACAGCCGGAGCAGGUGGGCAGCGUUCAGCAUGGCAGCGGCGCACGAGACUCCAUUCCUCUGAAAGGAGCGGUCAGAAACGGAGAGGACAGCCUCAGCAACUGGAGGAAAGACUUCAUCAGCAGUCUGCGUCUGUACUUUACGUUCUACGGUGGCCUGGCGGACAUGCUGUGUGCGAGCGAUCUGAGCUCUGGAGAAGGACUGGCCUGCUGGAAUGGAGCUGAAUUUGACAAAGGCUACACUCUGCGAGUGGUUGGCAACGGGAUUAAAGCCCAGGCAGAAAACCCAGAAGUCAAAGUGAAGGAGGCUGACCCGGUGAUCAAUCAAGUCAUUGAUAAACUGAAGCACAUCAAUCAGCUGUUGCAGGGCAGGUCAAUCCCAAAGCUGGGCACCCUGGACCAAAUCGAAACAGGAAGUGGAGACGGAUACAGCGGAGACUGUGACGACGAGGACGGAUGCUGGGGAUCGGGGAACGGAGCGGCCGAGAGGAGGAGAAUAGUCACUAUAUUGUCUUUUUCAUUUUUCCAUGCUGAUGGCUCUCACAAACAGUCUCUGGCAUGUUCUGCAUGUGUGGUUUGCCUGGCAUGGUGGGGUGCACUGACUUUAGCUGAGAUCCAUCAUCAUAACACAGUGACACCGGAAAAUACCAACAAUCACCGAUACCAUCACCCUCAAACCAAAGACUUUGAUCAGAUGAAUUCUGGCACGGGAGUAACACAAACCGUCCCACUGGCUCUGGUCUUAUUAUGCGCUUUUGCGCUGUUGUCAGGGUAAUGUCAGCCAACUGGGUCCAAACCCCAGACCGAAGACUGCUUUUCACACUGUUUCUUAGAAAGAAAAUGUGCCAGCGUUUUAAACAUUGAGGUUGAAAUUCCAGCAAAAAGAUGUCCUCUAAUGGAAAUGGAUCGGAAAUGGAUAAAACUGGCACUGAUGCUUUGAGAACUGAGGAUGGUGAAAAGAAAAUGAACUGAGAGGGGGGAUACGACAAACAAAACUGUUCUUUCAUAAACCGUUUUAAUCGCAAAGUGUUUCUAUCAUAACUGUAACAGGCUACUAAAACUUCUGCGAACACUUUACUGCCUUGAAUAAUGUCUUUUCUACAGGGUUCAGAGUAACACUUUCAGAGAGAAAUGAAUGAAUUUAAUUCAAUUUUAAUGACGUAUGAUCUAUUCAAAACAUAAUUCCGAGCUGAAAUGAGCACAGCACAUAUCGGCAUUUUUAAAAGAAAUGAUGCAAUAUUUCUGAUGUCAUGUACUGCUUUUUGAACACGUCUUGGUACCAUGUACCUAUAUGACCUUUUUUCAGCAUUUUUAAAUGUACUGUUGUUGUUUCUUUUCAUUUGAAAUGGCGUACGACGCACCUUAACAAAAUGUAUAAAGAUGUGUUGAUUUAAAAUGUAUUUAUUCUUGGUUACAGAGUGACAUUAAACAGAUUAUUAAACUAAAUAUUUGCCACGGGAAAUUAAAUGAAAAGAAACAUGCUCUAAUAUAUAAUAAUAUUGGUUUUGUUUGUUAACGUUAGACAACAUGAACAUGCAAUGAACACUAAUUCGUACGAAUGUUCAUUUCAACAUUUACUAAUACAUUUCUUAAAUCAAACAAUGCAUCUGGUAACAUUAGUUAAUACACUGUGAACUAACAUGAACAAACAAUGAACAGUUUUUCAUUAACUAAUUUCAAGAAAUGCUGUAAAAAUUGCUCAUUGUUCAUGUUAACUAAUGCUUUAACUAAUGUUAACAAACAAGAUCGGUAACACUUUAUUUUAGGGUCCUUUUUACACAUUACAUGUAGUUACUUUAUAAAUUGUGCAUAAUUACAUGCAACUAACCCUAAACCACACCCUAAUAGUAACCUAACCCUGUUGUGCUUAAGUGCUUAAAUGUUUAAUUAAACUGUAACAAGGACACCUUAAAAUAAAGUCUAACCACAAGA